AAAACGGCGAGGGAGGCGUUGCCUGCUCCUGGACUGCGGGCGCCUUUCAGCAUUUGCAGGCUACCACCGAAGGCAAUCAAGAAGCUGAAAUCAUGUCUGGAAAGCCUAAACUGUACUACUUUGAUGGAAGAGGCAAGAUGGAGUCAAUACGAUGGCUCUUAGCAGCAGCUGGGGUGGAGUUCGAAGAGGAAUUUCUGGAGACCAGAGAGCAAUACGAGAAGCUGCUUCAAGAUGGAUCCCUCCUCUUUCAGCAAGUGCCCAUGGUGGAAAUGGAUGGGAUGAAGAUGGUUCAGACGCGAGCUAUCCUCAGCUACAUCGCGGCAAAGCACAACCUCUACGGGAAGGACCUAAAGGAGAGAGCACUAAUUGACAUGUAUGCAGAAGGAACAACGGACCUAAUGGUCUUGAUAAUGGUGUACCCUUUCUUAACACCUGAGGACAAGGAGAAGCAACUGGCUACAGUCAUCAAAAAAGCAACACAAAGAUAUUUCCCUGUUUAUGAAAAGGUGCUGAAGGGCCAUGGAGAAGAUUUCCUUGUUGGCAACCAGUUCAGCUGGGCAGAUGUCCAGCUGCUUGAAGCUAUUCUGAUGGUGGAGGAAAAAUCCUCCAGUGUUCUGGCCGACUUCCCUCACUUGCAGGCAUUUAAAGAAAGAAUCAGCAACAUCCCCACAAUUAAGAAUUUUUUGGAGCCGGGAAGCCAGAGGAAACCUGUGCCUGAUGAGAGAUACGUGGAGACUGUGAGAAGGGUCCUCCAGAUGUAUCACAAAAUGUCUGCAAGUCCUUAGGCAGUAUUUCUGCUGAGCUCCAGAGAAUCACCAGUACUAAUACCUAAUAACAAUGGCUGUCAUAAAACUCAUGGCAUUGUAUUAAGAGACUAGACUGCUGUAUGACACUUGAUAGCUGCUAAACAGGCUUCUCAAUGGGGAUGUGCAUUCAUUCUAUCCACACAAAAAAACAAUACGCCCACAUCUAAAACGCAUUUAAAUUGCACAAUUUCAGCUGUAUGCUGGCAAGGUGGGGAUGCUCUUGUGAGAUCUGGCAGGAAGUUGGAUUGUCCAGCAGGAUCUUGCGAGAGCAGUCCUACCAGUCCCAGAGAUGGCACAGCGAAAUUUGAGGUGCCAAGGUCCACCACUGGUCAUGGCUACCUGCAAAGAACCCUGGGAACUGUAGUUUGUUGAGAGUUCUGAGAGCUGGUUGGAGACCCCUAUUCUCCCCACAGAUCUACAACUUCCAGAACUCCUUGGGGAGAGGGAUUGGUUGUUACAAAGCACUCUAGGACAGACUAAAUACCCUGCUGGAUAUUUGAGCCAGGCAGGAUUUCAAAUUCAGAGACAUUUUUAAAAGGCAUUCCCCCCCCCCUUGUCUCGAAAAUGGGCGCCUUUGAUCUGUUUGAAUCUUGUCAGAUCUGGUGCCUUUGUGGAGUAGUACUAUAGCCUGUAAAUUCAAAGCCAUUUGGCUGCCCUACUCCAGGCUGAAAGGUGGAAGAAGACUGUCUGGUCUCCAUUGAAAAUUCAUGGAAGAUUGGUUAUCAGACUUGAGGGAUCUUUCUCAAGUAUCCCUGGAAUCUAGCAAAAAGUUAAAAGUUAGAUGGCAAAAGACAGGGUGUGUCUCCUUCUGAGCUGAAACCCAACAAACAAAUGAACGGAUUUUGAAUUAACUAAAUAUGAAAAGCUUCAAAAAAUGAAUUAUAUAAACACCUUUUCCAUUCAGAAAGCAAAACGAAACCAAAAUUUCUCAUGCACAUCCCUACUUCUUGUGUACUUGCUAGUAGUAGCAUAUGUAGCAAAGGGAGAGUGCCAUAUACAAGGCCUUCUUUAUUAGCAGAUAUAUUGAUUAAUUUUCCUACUCUUUUUGGAAUGGAGCUUUCUUUAUUAAAUAUAUUUUGUGUAUCCUGUUUCACCGGGUGAAGCAAUAUUUUUAUUCGGCUGGACGGAUAAAAGAAACACUAUUAGAAGGGAAGCUCAGACAACCCUUUUCUGCCUACCAGUGUUUUCUGCCAAUGGAAGGGGUUUGCUGCAGAGCUGGACAAAAUGUUUCAGUCUUUCUGCCUUUCAUUGCAGGUAUUUCUGAGCUCAGACGGCCAAGGUUAUGCAAAACGCAUGAAUACAUUCCAAGUGACACUUAUUUGCAAAUUCCUGUGAAAUCAAAAUACACUUAAGUUGCUAGGCCUUCAAUAUAUUUUAUCUAUCUCCUACAACUUUUGCGUUCUGUUAUUAUACUAAGCUGACAUUUGAUUUGACAUAUUCAAUUUAUGUAGUGUUUUUUCUUCCUACUGCUGCUACAAUCUGGAAAACUCUUUCUAAUAAACUACCUUGAUUCCUGAGUAAAGAA